CACAAGAAUAUUGAGUACCGAUUUAAUAUUUACCGCGAAUAUAAAUGAAGGGCACAAAUAGAUUAGUUGAAACAAAUAUGAAAAAUAGAAUGAGGAACAUUGUGAGCGGCAGAUGAGAAAUAAAUAUGGCGAUCGAUGCUGUGCAUCUUUUUUGUUGAAGAGUGAUCGUUGUUUUUAGUAUACCAAUAGAAAUAAAAUAAAAAGAAAAGAAAAGUAGUUGAAAUGUUUAAAGGCUGAGAGGGAUGUUGCUUUAGUUGUAACGCCCUCACAAUCAUCCGCAAAAUGCUGCACUCAAUUUCAUUUUCUCCGUACUCUUACCACAUGCCGCUCUCUUCUCUACGCUCCCUCAACACUACGCCGUUUCAUCUCAUCAUUCCCCGCCGGCGCUUCAAUCUGCCGGCACUCCAAUCACUUCUUCCUGCUAGCGCCAGCGCCUCCUCACCGCUCUUCGAUCUCAGAGGGGGCAAAGGAAUGAGUGAAUUCUGUGAAGUUGAAAUGAAAGUCCGUGAUUAUGAGUUGGAUCAAUAUGGUGUGGUCAACAAUGCAGUCUAUUCAAGUUAUUGCCAACACGCUCGUCAUGAACUCUUGGAAAGCAUUGGUAUUAAUUGUGAUGCUGUAGCUCGUACCGGCGAUGCAUUGGCAUUAUCAGAGUUAUCAAUAAAAUUCCUUGCACCACUAAGAAGUGGGGAUAAAUUUGUAGUGAAGGUUAGGAUUUCUGGAUCUUCAGCAGCACGGUUAUACUUCGAUCACUUCAUCAUUAAGCUUCCAAACCAAGAGCCUAUUUUGGAGGCUAAGGCUACGGCUGUUUGGCUUGACAAAAACUAUCGGCCGAUUCGAAUUCCAGCAGAGAUGAAGUCGAAGUUUGUGAAAUUUAUUCGAAAUGAGGCCUCUUAAUUUGGUUGCUAGAAUGCAAUAUUACAAAGAUGCAUCGACAAUUGCCUUCCCCGUUGAUGUUAUUGAUUUCGAAUUUCAACAACUGCAAAGACGAUUUCUCUUUGGUGAUCUUACUAUAGUUAGAUAUUGCGAUCUCCCUCUGGAAUUGAUUCUGUGUAUCUCAUUGGUGACUAAAUGUAGAGGGAUUAGUGUUUUGGUUUAUAUUUUACUCUAUAUUUAGCUUUGUGCCCGUUUAGGUGUCCUGUGUAAGAGUUGGGCCAUGAUAUUACAUUAUUUGAUCGAUAACUAUACAAAUAUGUAUAAGCAAUCAUGCAAAGUGUAUACCAAAGAUCAGCUACUACAUUAGGCAUUCGUAGAAUACAUAUUGAGAUACAAAAUACAUAUUGAAAAUGAGUUAAACAAUACAUGUAUUUAUAUAUAAAUAUAUA